CAAAUCUGAUUGACAAAGUAUUUUUAGGUUAAAGUUUGAUAAGUCAUUUAUGGCUUUCAUAAUAUAUUUAUUAAAAAUAAAGAUAAUGAUUGCUGUAAUUAUUUUAUAAUUCAAUAAGAAAAUGAUAGAAUCGUGUCCAAAGAAACGCAUGUUACUCGGUAUUACAAUAUUAGGAAUAUUGACUAUAUUAGUGCUAUUGAUCGAAUCGCAUUGGACGGAAUCAACUAAACGUCCAAAAAAAUCGAAUUUCGUCGUAGAGCAAAACUCUACUUGCUGGGAAGCGGGACAUUACGAAAUUGUCAAGGAAUGCGAGCCCUGCACAGAUUUCGAAAUAAACAGCAAAUCUAUCGGGGUGUGUAUCCACAGUUAUUACAAAGAAGUAUUGAGAUGUUCAAAUGGUGAAAUUGUUACCAGAAGUUGUGAUAAAGCCGUUUAUUACGACGAAUUGGCGUUCUGGAGAUUCGAAGGCUGCAUGUUUGCGAUCGGAAUUUUAUCUACAGUUUGUGUUGUAUCCAGAAAAAGAGUUUUGAACAAGCGUAUUUUACAGAGAGUCCAAAGGCAGCUUGCUAACUGUGUUUGA